CUGGAGUUGAUAAAAUAAUGAGGCCCAAAUAAAAAAGAGAGCUGAAGUUAGCCGAAAGCCCCUGGAAGCUUCCCAUGCCGUGUCCUAAAUGUUCUCCUUAGGGAGCUUCAAUACAAGAUUUACGUCGAAUUCAAAGUAUGUAGAAAGCCCUAGAAUCUUCCUUUGGAACAAUCCUUAUAUACAUAUAUAUUAUUAAUAGUAUCAGAGAUCAGCAGAAUAAUUACAAUUUGAAAUCGUCAACAUCCGUUCCCCAUUAUCAUUCUUCCUCAUCCAAACAGGUUACAAUGGUUGAGCAUCAGCCAAUAGAAAAGCGUCACUCAAGCUGUAAAGUACCACAUCCAAUGAACGUUGUCCACGUAGCAAUGCCGGUCGUGAUGCCAACCAAUAUACCUCUGUCUCACCAGACCAUUUGUACGAUAGUAUCUGGCGUAUCUGUUCUUUCUGUCCUUUUGCCACGCCACUGGGACAAGAGCCCUUCUUUAUUCGUCGGAUCUCAAACUUUCAUCGAUCACCCGCUUUAUGCUAGGGACUGGUGAUUCCGGAUUAUUUUAAGGAGUCCCCUAAAUAUGUCAUCGGUAUCAGGAUAUCUCUCCAAACACCUUCCUUGAAAGUUGUCCGAUGGUGCCUUGCAUCUAUCCCCUCAUGCCGCCACGUAUUCUAACAGAUUCUAUCCCAUACAUGCCAUUUGAUUGGUUUCUCUGGAUCAUGCUAUCACAUUCAUAGUGCCUUUGGACCAUCUUUUCGUUUUUAAGUUUGUCAUGUGUAUGUGUAAGGACCGUUGGUUGCUAAUAUUGUAAUCAAAUUUAUUGCAAUUGGCAGGUGAAGUGCAUUUCUGUGUGCUAAUUGAGACAUUGAGUGAAAUAUGCAGAAGUCAACUGCUACGGCAUUUGAGAAUUCUUCGUCCUCGGGGAAUGGCAGCAAUGAUGCUGGUGAUUUUGAAUGCAACAUCUGCUUUGAAUUGGCCCAAGACCCUAUUGUGACCCUCUGUGGUCACCUCUACUGUUGGCCAUGUCUUUAUAGAUGGCUAAGGCUUCACUCUCAAUCCCAUGAGUGCCCUGUUUGUAAGGCCCUUAUACAAGAGGAGAAGUUAGUUCCUCUUUAUGGAAGAGGGAGGACGUCAACUGAUCCCAGAUCAAAACCAGUACCUGGAGUUGAAAUUCCUAGAAGGCCAGCAGGGCAAAGACCUGAAACGGCUCCUCCACCAGAAUCAAAUACUUUUCCUAAUUCCGGGUUUGGCCUUAUGGGAGGACUUUUUCCAGGAGCAACUGCAAGUUUUGGUAACUUUACAAUGUCUGCUGGUUUCGGUGGAUUUAUCCCAUCCUUGCUCAGUUUUCAGUUUCAUGGAUUCCCUGGUCCAACUGCCUUUGGUACAACGCCAAAUUACCAGUAUGGGUAUCCUCCUGCCUAUCAUGGGGCGAAUGUUCAGAAUGCUGCACACCCGUCCCAAGGACAGGCAGACAAUAAUCUGAAGUUCAUGUUCUUGCUUGUUGGAUUUCUUGUAUUCCUAUAUUUGUUUGGUUAGUGAAUGGACUUUCCCCUUAGGCAGCUGUUGCCUGAAUCUUACUUGUAGGUAAUCAUUCUUAACGGUUGUAAAUAUGUCGAAUUCUUACACCUGAAGUUGCAACAUAGAGAUGAACUGAUGUGAUUAGUAGAGUUUGCACGUAGCUUCUUUCAUGUAACAUGUUUAUUUUCUCCUUCGCAUGCAUGUUAUAUGAGUAUGACACCUUGCCGUAA